AUGUUACCUUUUUGUCUUCUCACUUUGAUGGGAAACGACCCCUACGACGAGGAGGCUGUGAGUGGGGCUUCCUCGGCAGAGGCAGAGAAGCUUGAUCUUAUGGGAGAAUUUCACGAAGUGCAAGGGAAGGGAGAUCAGCCGCAACCCUGGACACCCACCGCCGAUCAUACUGGGGCUUUGGAGGUUAUUACUCAAUUGCGUUUGGAUUGA